AUGCCCAAAGCUCCGUCGGAUGCUGUGAGUGUGGGACCUGAAGAUGAUGCCCCAGCGCAUGAUAUCGGAUUGGGAGAGAUAUCCUUGGUUGAAGAUUCCAUGGAUGAGGAUGGUCCGGCAUAUGAUCUAGGACUUGACAAUUUCAAAGAUGUCAUUGAUCUAAUGAAUGAAGAUGGACUGGCUUAUGAUCUUGGGUGGGGAGUUGGGCCCACGACCCAAGCGAAAGAUAUAAUCGAUCUUACAAAUUCUUCCCCCACGCCCAUGGACUUGGACCCAGAUGGCAGUAAUGAGAGCGAUGAAUCCACUGGGGAUACACCGGAUCGUGAUGCAAGCACUCCAGCCGAGCGCAUGAGGUUCCGGUACAAUCAUCGGAUGAAGGCAAUCAGCAACGACAUGAAUGCCCGAACCCGGGUUACCAAUAUAGGCGAUGACAUGUGCAAGCUGCACCAGCUCAUCCAAAUUCAACGCGGGUUGCUCAAAACCGUGAAUCAUGUCAUUGGAUCUCUGGAGGAUGCGGCAAAGUAG